CAGACUCGGUCUCUAACACAGUGCUGCAGUUAAACCAUGUAAUCCACAGCGGACGGGGACAUUGAGGCUCCUCGGUGUCACCCGUAACAACGAAACGGCAACAACGCACCGCAGCGGCCGCGACGUUUCCCCAUGGAGCACAACCGCAGGAUUAACCACGAACCGGUUCAGAGGUGCUGAAGGAAACGACUGAAAGAGCUGCGGCCCCUGCAGACGCUGUCUUAGACGUAAACACACAGACUCAGACGUAAGAGGGAGCCGGUCCUGAGGACAGGAAGACGACAUGGCCUUCAGCUCAGCAUCAGGGAACCCCCCCAGCGGCCUGACAGACAGGAGCGGGAGCUUCUUUAAGCUGAUUGACACAUUCGCGUUGGAGAUCGGCGAGCUGAAGAAGGAGAUGGUCCAGACCUCUCCCACUAUGGACAAGGAGCCCGUGGAACUACAAGGGCUGGAGGGUGAGGUGAGUGGCGUUUACCUGCAGUCCCCCCACUGUGGCGGUGUGGGGGGUGAAAGGGAUUCUGGGUACGACUCCUUGCGACGGAGGAUGAGCGUGUUGGACAGGCUGAGUCAAACCCACCCGGUGUGGCUGCUGCUGGCCAUCAGUGAAGAGAAGGCCAACCACAUACUGCUCAAACAGCCACCGGGGGUAUUCCUGGUCAGGAAGUCGGCCGCUCUGCAGAGGAAGGUUCUUUCUGUGCGUGUGAAGGAGGAUCAGUCAGAAACUCCCAUCAGCCACUUCCCUGUCAGAGAGAGCCAGUACACUUUCUCUCUCGAAGGAUCUGGGAUAAGUUUUGCAGAUCUGUUUCGCCUCGUGGCUUUCUACUGUAUCAGCAGGGAUGUCCUGCCUUUCACCAUCAAACUCCCAGAGGCCAUUGCAUCUGCCAAAACUCAGAAAGAACUGGAGGAGGUGGCACAGCUUGGAGCAGGCUUUUGGGACUCUGCCCUGUGCAAUCAGCGUCGCACCUCCCCCCGUCCCUGUCGCCCUCUGAGCCGUACCCUCAGCCCCCAGCGCACCAACAGGAACAGGGAGGUCGGAGGGUCACAGCAGAGACACACCACUUACUGCGACAGUGCGCCACCAACCCUACGGUCCCACGCUCCUCCACCUUCCUUUCAUCUGGAGCGAAGACAUUCCAGUGGUCCUCUGUGCUUUGUUAACCCACUGUUUCUCCAGACUCAUCACCACCACCACUCCGAGGACCAUUCUCCUUCACAUGCUGUGAAGUCCGAUAGCGACCUAGAGCAUGCGGAGAAAUCCUCUGUGAAGCCGUUAAGCAGCAGCGAAGGUAGCGAGCAACACGCGGACAAGAUCAAACUGAACGGCAAAUCAAGGCCCCCGCCCCCUCGCCCCCCUCCCCCUCGCUCAAUGCCACGCCGCCGCCCUGCUCCACCUCCACCUGGGCCUCCAGCAGCAGCUACCACCAGACCCAAGAGCAUGCCAGAGGCUGUUGCUGUGGCUGCAAGGCAACACCAGUCCCCCAGCAGGCGCCCAGCACCAGCUCGACCACCAAUGGGCGCCAAGCACAGCAGCCUGUCCAAAACUGCCAGCUCACCGAUCCCUGUGCCAUCAAACCCACCACCUCCGAGGCCUAAGAAGCCUGAUCUUGAAGCCCACCGCUGCCACAUCGCACUGGACGAUGAGACCAUCGCCAAGGCCCUGUCUCGUGCUAAGCUUCCACCCUGCGAUCCUCCGCCUGCUGUCCCUGCUGAUGUGCUGUUGGAGAAUAAUGCUAGGGGUUCGUCCAGUCCCAAUGAGAGGGGGCGCCAGCGGCUCAGCGACAUGAGCAUGUCUACUUCUUCCUCUGACUCACUGGAAUACUCACAGUCUCCGGGAUUCUCCCUGGGCCUUGCCCCAAGCCCAUCUCGACACCUUAACCACCAAGAGCCAGUAGAGGACAGCAGUGAAGAGGAUGAGGAUGGGGAAGAAGACGAAGAGGAGGACUAUGGGGUCGGCUUGGAGACAGAUCUAGAAAUGCGCCUCCGUCCAUCCUUUAAAUCGCGGAGGCGAAGGGUUGGUGUGAGUUUGAGUGGGGGGUCCUUUAUCCUCCCUAGGGCCUUGAAGGGACGUUUCCGCAAGGUGAGCGGCAUGCUGAGCUCCCUCAUGACCCCGGAGAGACGGGCCGUGAAGAGGAUUGCUGAGCUGUCCAGGGACAAAAGCUCCUACUUUGGCUCCCUGGUCCAUGACUACAUCAGCUUUGUGCAGGAGAACCGAGGCUGUCACACAUCAGGGAUGGAUUUUCUGCAGACUCUCAGGCAGUUUAUGACGCAGAUGAAGGCUUACCUGCGGCAGAGCUCGGAGCUGGACCCACCUAUAGAGUCCCUCAUACCUGAGGACCAGAUCGACCAGGUGCUGGAGAAGGCCAUGCACAAAUGUGUCCUGAAGCCUCUGAAGAGCAUGAUCGAGGUGGCUUUACAUGACUUCCAGGUGAGUAGUGGAGCCUGGCAGCAGCUGAGGGAGAACCUGGCCCUGGCUAAAACCAAAAGGCCCCAAGAGCUGGGGGUGGAUGGGGCUGUGCCCCCUGACGCCGUGGCGAUUGAGAAGAUCCGCCACAAGUUUUUAAACAUGAGGAAGAUGUACUCCCCUGAGAAGAAGGUGUCUCUGCUGCUGCGUGUGUGCAAACUCAUCUACACCAUCAUGCAGGAUAACUCAGGGAGGAUGUACGGUGCUGAUGACUUCCUGCCCAUGCUGACCUAUGUGGUGGCUCAGUGUGACAUGCCUCAGCUGGACACAGAGAUCCAGUACAUGAUGGAGCUGCUGGACCCAUCUCUGCUCCAAGGAGAGGGAGGGUACUACCUGACCAGCGCCUACGGGGCCAUGGCACUUAUCAAGAACUUCCAGGAGGAGCAAGCAGCCCGGGUGCUGAGCUCCGAGGCCAGGAACACUCUUCACCAGUGGCAUCGGCGACGCACCGCUCAGCGUUCAGCGCCGUCUGUGGACGACUUUCAGAACUAUCUCCGUGUAGCCCUGCAGGAAGUGGACACAGGCUGCACGGCCAAAACCCUGCUCGUCCACCCUUACACCACCACGGAAGAAGUCUGCUCACUCUGCGCUUACAAAUUCAAGAUCCCCAACCCUGAGAACUACGCACUGUUUCUGAUCACCGAGGACACCAGCCAGCAGCUGGCCCCGGACACACACCCUCAGCGCAUCAAAGCCGAGCUCCACAGCCGGCCCUGUGCACAGAUCUUCCACUUUCUCUACAGGAGGGUGCCGAACCUUAACCUCUGUAUUCCUGCCGUCAUGCAAAAUGGAAACUGCCUUCAAGUUGAAUAGCUGAGGGGAGAAUGUAACAGCUUGUUGCACUUGAUCCGGAACUACAGUAGUUGGUAUUCUUGUGGUGCUUGUAGAUGUUUGUUUUGCUGAUAGAUUUGAGGAUUUCUGGAAUGUAUUUAGCAAACAGAAACCAAGCUGUAUAUUGGCAUAUUGAUGCAGGUGUGAAUAUGACAUUUUGAUGGCAUUCAAAUGACAAGAUUUGUUUUUUAUAAGAAAUGACCGAGUGAAAGGAUGGACUCUGGAAAGUGAUGAAGUUUUAACUCUUACAGCUCGGAAAUGUUGUUCAGAUAAGGGUCGAGAAGGCCGAAUUAUGGUAACAGUUAUUAAGUUUAAGUUUAUAUCAAGUUAUCAACAAUGAAACCACUUACUUAGAGUCUACUUGGCCUUUAUCUGACUUGGUUGGAACAUAUGCUGAGGGGAAAUUGUUGGAUCGUGUACAGAGACUGAUUGGCAGGAUUUUUAGUAUGUGAAAUGUUUUUAUAUGGAGAUGAAAAGGUCUUCAGAUUGUUGGACGUGUAUAGCAUUCUCAAAUCAGAGGUCAUACAGUAAAAUAAUGCAUAUUAUGUAACUAACUUUUGCCUUAACUGCUGUUAUCCCAGGUGCCUUCAAAAGGCUACAUACUGUAUGCUACUGAACGCCUUCAGCUGUCGUCCAGUGAUUAGUCAGCUUGCAUCAAAAUGACCUAGUUUAAAACGUAAUGCUAAAACAUUAAUUUAAUAAGUAAGAUUAACUAUUGUAAAAGUUCUGAUUGUUUGUUUUUUUUGCUCUUAAGAUUUUUGUCUGCAAUUGCUGGUCAAUUGUAGCCUGUAUUUCUGUGUAGAAAUAUUUUUAUAUUCAAAUGUUUCUUUUUUUUUUUUUCAUCACUAAAGUGACAAAGAUUUGUAUUCUGAUUUAAUAUUUCUAUACUGGACUCAUUACUGGACUUGUAUUUAUGCCAGUAAUUUCUCAAAAGUCAAAUUACAACAACACUGUUUCUACUGUUUGUUAUGAAAAGCUCAGAGCCGGUUGUGGAAAAACAUAAAAGUCUCCUCAAACAAAGCUGUUUACUGACUCCAACAUAAUAUUAAUUUUCAGGGAAGUUUAUGUUAUAUUAUUUUUCAGAGAAAAUGUCAAUUCUUUGGCAUAAUAUCAGAUAUUAUUGUGGCACAGUACCUGGAAAAAACCCUAAGAGCAAAGGAACUCACAAAUAAUAGCCAAAUGUAGACACAUACAACACAAAUUACACUGAUUUGCAAAAAAUGUAUGAAAUCCUUUUUGGAACUUGCUACAGAGGUCUAAACUGAAGGUGCUAUGGUACAAGUGUAUUCAUUGAUUUGAUGCAUCAAGUUAAAUAAACUGUUCUGGAGAGGGCCUGGUCUAAGAGCUGGAACAAAGUG